UUGGCGCCACAUUUCCAACAAGAAACACUGCCGCAGCGAAAAGCCUCUGACAGCAAAUAACCCGCUCCUGGAGGGCACUACACAUUUUAAGUUUUAACUCGUCGUCAGACGGCUUUUAAACUAUUUUUUACAUAAUCGACACACUUGGAAAAUGUUUGUCACGGACAUACGAAAGGAGUUUUAUGACGUUGUUGUCAACCAGAGAGUGGCCCUCCUGAUUUCAUCGGACAUCGACGCUCUCUGCGCUUGUAAGAUACUGCAGGCGCUGUUCCACUGUGAUCAGGUCCAGUACACCCUGGUGCCAGUCACCGGCUGGCAGGACCUGGGCACUGCAUUUCUUGAGCACAAGGAGCAGUUCCAUUAUUUUGUUCUCGUCAACUGUGGGGCCAAUGUCGACCUCCUCGAGAUGUUGCAGCCAGAUGAGGACUCUGUGUUCUUCAUCUGUGACACACACCGGCCUGUAGACGUGAUCAAUGUCUACAAUGACACCCAGAUAAAGUUGCUAAUCAAACAGGAUGAUGACCUGGGUGUGCCCUCCUAUGAUGAUAUUUUCCGUGACGAAGAUGAGGAGGAUGGAGAUGAUUCUGGGAAUGAGAGUGACUUGGGUUCAGAGCCUUCUGGGAAACGACGUAGAUUCGAUGAAGGAGCCGUUGAAAGGAGAAUUGACAGACAGCGGGCGAGGAGGGAGUGGGAGGCACGAAGGCGUGAGAUCUUGUUUGACUAUGAACAAUAUGAAUACCAUGGGACUUCAGCUGCAAUGAUGCUGUUUGAGCUGGCGUGGGUGUUGAGUAAAGACACCAAGGAUAUGCUCUGGUGGGCGAUUAUUGGGCUGACAGACCAGUGGGUUCAUGAUAAAAUUACACACAUGAAGUAUGUGACAGACAUCGCCACCAUGCAGCGACAUGUUUCCCGGCACAACCACAGGAAUGAGGAUGAGGAGAACUCUCUCUCCAUCGACUGUAUGAGGAUCUCCUUUGAAUAUGACCUGCGUCUGACCCUCUACCAGCACUGGUCCCUGUAUGAGAGCAUCUGUAAUUCCUGCUACACAUCCUGCAACUUUAAGCUUUGGUCUUUGAAUGGGCAAAAGAAACUUCAGGAGUUCCUUGCUGAUAUGGGGCUCCCCCUGAAGCAAGUCCGUCAGAAAUUCAACUGCAUGGACAUCUCAAUCAAGGAGAACUUGAGGGACGUCAUAGAAGAGUCUUCCAAUAAAUAUGGUAUGAAGGAUAUCCGUAUCCAAACAUUUGGUGUUCACUUUGGCUUUAAGAACCGUUUCCUGGCCAGUGACGUGGUGCACGCUGCUGCUGCUUUGCUGGAGAGCACAGAGAAAGAUGAGAGUGCCAGUGACACCUUCAUCAAGGCCCUGGACUGCCUUUCCAGGAGUAAUCUGGAGCGUCUUCAUUUGGGCAUCGACCUGGCUAAGAAGAAGCUGAUCGCCAUUCAGCAGACUGUGGCCAGCUGCAUCUGCACCAACCUCAUUCUGUCACAGGGACCCUUCCUCUACUGCUACCUCAUGGAGGGAACCCCUGAUGUGAAGCUGUUUUCCAAGCCCAUGGCCUUGACUCUGCUCUGCAAGUACCUGCUGAAGGCCUUUGUCCAUUCUACGAGGAAUAAACGCUGCAAACUGCUGCCCCUCAUCAUGGCCGCUCCCAUGGAUGUGGAGAAGGGAACUGUGAUCGUCGCGGGCAUCCCACCGGAGUCGGAGACAUCGGAUAAGAAGAAUUUCUUUGGUCGGGCAUUUGAGAAAGCUGCAGAGAGCACCAGCUCCAGGACGCUCCAUGAUCACUUUGAUACCUCAAUAAUUGAACUGAAGACGGAAGACAGAACCAAGUUUCUGGAUGCGCUCAUCACCCUCCUGUCAUGAAAUCCUUGCACACUCAAGGGAUCCUGGGAAUAUGUAUGAAUGUAAAGGUGUGAGUCUCUCAGCUUUAGGUGCGGCUGGCACGUCUUCAUGUCAGCUGUGGCUGAUCUUAAUGAAUGGUUAAGGCGCCACUGAUACAGCCUGGUAACUUAUAAUGUUCAGUGGAAUUACUCUGUUUUCAUACCCUGCUUUUAUAAGAUUUGUGUGUGUGUGUGUGUGUGUAUAUUGUACAGUCUUGGUGUAAAUGAGUGUGAAAGGUUUGAAUGUUGCUUGUAAAUUGUGCCUCUUUUUAUUGAUGUUUUAUUGUCAGUGUGUCUUUGUGACUUAUAGUGUUUUAAAUAUCUCUAAUAAAUUUUAGUAAAUGACCAGUGA